ACUCUGUGACUCCAUUAUAGUGCACACUGCACUCUGUUCAUUCCUGUCUAUGCUAAUAUUAUUUUUCAAUUUUCAAAUUAGAAUAGAAAAUUUAGGUUAUAUAUUGUUUUUGUUUUGUUAUUCCAGUUGAGAACCACGAGGUAGAUAACCAUAAAAUAACUUGAUUUGUGUUUGGACUUUAUAUAAUAAUUAUUGUUCCUGAGCUUUAGUAUUGCAACAUUUUAUCUCAUUUUUAAUCUAUUAUAUUUUUACGACACUUCGUUUUAUCGUUCUCAAAGUGAUUAUUUCUGUGAAUAAAGUGUGUUAUCUUUACAUCGGUAAUUUAAUUAUAUUUUCGUGGCUCUAACGAUAUGAACAUCCAAAUGAGUGAAGAAUUAAUGGAGAUUUGGGACGAUUCUUCAAUAGAUAAGACUUUUGAUGAAGCAAUGAGUAAAGCUAAAGAAAAGAUUAUGAUGAAGUUAAAGUAUGCCGGUUCCGAAAAAGUGCAUUCAAAAAACAUUAAUAAGAUCAGUUGGAAGGAAGGUGAUUAUUGUCGGGCUGUGUACUGUGAUGGAGUUGAAUAUGAAGCAGAAAUAUUGGACAUAUCAAGAAAUCAGUGCAUCAUCAAGUACUUUGGUUAUGGUAAUCAACAAACAGUGGAUGUCAAAGAAUUACUAGUGUCUCAUGGAAGUAAAGCUAGAGAAGACCAAUGUAGAAUUUCCGCUAACAUUGAUGAACAAUUUAAUAAUAUUGACAAUUUUAAAAAAACUGAACACUUUGAAAUGAGACUUCCGGGUAUUCCACCAACUGUACCUCAACAUGUUUUGAAAGAAACUAGCUUUGAUGAAUCAGAAAGUUUGUCUGCAAUGUUGAUGUCGUGGUACAUGUCUGGUUAUCACGCCGGCUAUUACCAGGGGUUGAUGGCAUCAAAGAAUAAAGGUAAUAAUUAGAGACUAAUAACAAACAAUGUAAUUGAAUUAAUCUUUCUCCUGUUGUAAUAGAUGGGCUUAUCACAACUCAGUAAUCAGUCAAUAUUUACGAAUUAAUUAUUGUAACAAA